AUGGACGCCUACCCCGAAGACUACGUCACCCACAACCUGCCCUUUAUAUUGCUCUCCGGUCUUGAGUCGGGAUCCGAGGAGAAAUCAGAAGAUACUCGAACGGACUAUCCUUUUCUGCAUGAAAAAGGUGCGAGAAUAGAGUCGGAUCUUCCUUCGUUAAGUGGGUCGGUCGCCGAGGAAUUGCGACGUGUACUACUCGACGAAGAUGCAUCGCGUUUGGCAGGGAGUCCCCGAGAGGAGGGAAAUUUAGACUCAGCAAGAGCCCAGUACAAGAUCAAGAGUAUUGGACGGUCCUAUAGAUUACCUCCGCGCAAAGCUGAUCCCCCGCCUGUGUCUCCUCCGACGAGCCCCGGAGCCAGUCAAGAAAAUGAUGUACCGCGCGGAACAUCGUUUAUACUUCACUCGCCGAUCUCACCUUUGACUCCCGCUUCACCUACUUUCCCUGACGGUCUGCUUACGCCUUUGUGGGUCACCAAACACCAAGGGCUUGUCCCUGCGGCGGUCAUCAACUUCUUUCCGUUUUGCGCGGAUCUUAAUAUGAGCUCCCUGCGCGACAACCAACUCCGAAUCGAGAUAAAUGAAUUGAAGAGGCAAUGGCAAUCCUCCGGCUACAAAACGCGCUUCUUAGUUGUUCUACUGUCCGAAGAUAGCGAGGACAGUCUGCACAGGGAUGCCGAAGAUCGGGUAGCGAGCAUUCGGAGAGCAACCAAUCUGGAUCAGAAAUCACUUUUCCUGCUCCCGUCAGAUGCCACGCCUUUGGAACUGAAAGAGUUUGCCGUGUCUCUGUUAUCUCAUCUUCAGCCAUCUGUGAUAGAAUAUUAUCGAGAUCUGUCUAAGCACGCCAGGAGAAAGCGCAAUCGAGGAACGAUCCCUCCCCCAACGGCACCGCCAACAAGCGGCACGUCUCAGACCUUAUCGAGUCAAGGAUGGAAUGUAAGGUACGAAUUCAAAUUGGGAAUCUUCGCGGAAUUCCGUCGUGAAAUUGAUGCAGCACUGAGAAACUAUGAGAGCGCGUACGAAACUCUAUUCGGCCAAGAAGUGUUUGAAUCUAUCGCUGGCUGGAACCCUCGAUUCAAUGAUGCACGUUUGCUUGGGGAUGCGCUCGCUAUACGCAUCAUACGCUGCCUUUUGUGGACGGGCCAGACUACCCUUGCGGUGCGCGCAUGGGGCAAUCACCGAAGACGCUCACACGACAUCCUGAAUCGCCGUGGCAAAGGAACAAAAAAUUAUGGAUGGGAAGCUUGGGAGGCUCGAUGGUCUAUGGUCAUGGCGCAGCUCAUACGCCAGGCCAGUAUCCCUCAAUUUACCUCUGUUGGUAUUCCGCAGGAUCAAUUUCAGCAGCAAUAUUCGAUUUUUGUCCCAGUUAACUCUACUAAUUCCACAUUGGACGCUGAAGUGCCGUGGGAACAGCUUCAUCAUGAGGGCUACUGGUUGUAUCGAGCAGCCAAGCAUGCUAAUUACCGGCGCAUCAUGGCCGAGCAGAUUCCCGAGGAAGAUCGAAUGCCGCCCGGACAGUCUCCUGCUUCCCAGAUAGCGAAUAAGUCUUACAUGUAUGACACAUAUUUGGUACCUGAACCGCAUGUUGAAGCACCUAAGUCGGGAACAAGCGGCUUCGAUCACUCUGCGUGGAGACUAGAUGCGCUAAAACCAGCAUUGGAAGAAUUUGCUAAGCGUGAUCAGCUACGAAAGACGGAAAGCAUCACCUUGGAGAUAGCAGAAGAGUAUAUGCGCGUGGGUUCAUGGCAAAAAGCCUAUUCGAUUCUCAAGCCGUUGUGGCCAACCUUGACAUGGCGACGCACAGCCGGCUGGGCUUUGAGAGAAAGUGCCUCGCACGUGAAUGACGCCGAAUUGAUGUUGCGGAUCGACUGGGAGCUGCUUAACAAAGCUUUCACAUCCCGGCCUGAAUGGCACUACGAUAUACAUAGAAGCCUAGAAGAUCUUCCCCUGACGAAACCAAAGCCAUCGGUUGCUCUGCUUGCAGAGGAUGUUGUCUCAUGCGUGACGGCGUCGUUCGUUUUCCAAAAGGCAGAAGGCAAUGUUGGCGAGCCAUUGAAAGGACAACUUGUUGUGACAUCGUGCGCUCACGCAUCCUCAGCGCCCAUCAGAUUAUCUGAGGUCAAAGUUGCUUUCGAAGGUUGCCUGCGUCCAAUCAAGCUCCAGUCAACCAACGAGGAAGUCGAUACCGUGACGCAGUGCACAAUAUCGGCGCUUUCACUGCGUGAUCCAAGUGUUUCGGCAGACCAAUCGUCUAUCCUGUCACCUACCAGUGGCCUGACGGCGUUGACUGGUAUCGCAGACCUAACUAUUACUCCAUCGCAAACAAGGGUGUAUGAGUUGACAUGCAUCCCCAGAGAGGCGGGAGAAUCGCGCGUGGCUUCAAUCACACUAGUAAUCGACGAGGAGAAGUUUGACCUUGCAGUUGCUAUUACUGACAUAAACCCACCUGAAUCAUUUUGGUGGCAGACUACCUCGAAAGGUCCUACCCGCCGUCGCGUCGGCAAAGGUCGGGAUCCUGGCCGGUGCAAGAUACUUCCAAAACCGCCGAAGAUACGGAUAUCCGUGCUGAACAUGCGCGAUACAUACUACACAAAUGAGGAAAUAAUUCUCAAGAUUGACCUCCACAAUGAAGAAGAUGAGGCUGCAGAAGUCUCGGCGGAAACGAGACUCUUUGGUCACCCAGACUCCAAAGCCAAAAUCCGCUGGUUAGAUGAGACGACAUCCUCCGACACGCCGAGCUCUGGUCAGAGUACACCAAUUGAAGGGGUAUCGCAUUUCAUCAAACGGCCAAUAGGCCUGAUGGAAAGCUCGAGUCACCAAGAGUUGGUAAUCGUCCUAACCGAAACCAAUGAUGCCUCGAAUUAUGAUCUCGACAUAUCUACUGUUUACAACCUCGUGUCUGAUGUCCAGACACCCAUUAUCGCAACAACGCGGGUCAAUUUGUCCAUAAUUCGACCAUUCGAAGCUAAUUAUGAAUUUCUCCCCCGGCUCCAUCCCGAGCCCUGGCCGGACUUCUUUAUUGUUGAUGAUGACCUGCUCCCCAGUGGAGAGGUUUCGACCCCGGGGGGCCUCCAGCAGCGAUGGUGCCUGAAUUCCAAGGUCGUCUCUUUUGCCUUGGAGCCUCUCGUCAUUGAGAAAAUGUCGGUUGUGAUGCUGGGACUCGGUGGGGCUUCGACCUGUCAUAUCGGCUCGGAGGAGAUUGUUAGCCCCGAAGCUGUAGAGAUUCAGCCCGAGGAACUUAGGGAGUCCAAUUUCACUCUUGACAUCCAGAAAGAGAUUCUCGGCGACCGACGACCCACUUCCCUGAACUUGGCGCUUGAGAUACAUUGGAGGCGUAGCGCAGCCGAAGAUGAUGGUUCCAACCCGGCUACUACCACUUCGACCCUUGCUAUCCCUCGAUUCAUGAUUCCGACCGGGGAGCCUCGAGUGCUGGCCUCAGCGAGGCCUUCAAGUGCUCUUUCCGGCCUGAUUCACCUGGAAUACACCUUGGAGAAUCCGUCGAUGCACUUCCUCACUUUCAACCUGACCAUGGAGGCCAGCGAAAACUUCGCCUUCAGUGGACCGAAGACGAUGGUGGUCCAGUUGGUGCCCUUGAGCAGACAGACAGUUCGAUAUAACCUAUUGGCAUCAAAGCGAGGAUUAUGGAUCCAGCCGCAGCUUGUUGUCGUCGAUACAUACUUCAACAAGACUCUUCGAGUUCUACCGACGGAAGAUAUGCGGACGGACAAGAAAGGCGUUUUGGUCUGGGUAGAUGCUGACGACUAGGUCCAGCUAUGCAAUUGAUCUAUGUGAAUUGAUAUAUGAGGUAGCUAGAUAAAGAUUGAUAUUCAGGUUAGCUCAGCGGAGAUUUGUGUGCAGUACGUCCAGGAUGAUUCAUUUCGGACACAGUGCGGAAUGUGCCAGGUGUAUAAAUCCGAUAUGAUGAAG